AUGAUGGACGACGAAAGCACUGACGACGAAGAAGCAGAAGACUAUGCCCCCGAUCCACGAGAAUUUUAUUUUCACUUUUACAGUGAGAGUGAGAGACUUUCAACGUAUCACGACUGGCCACAUUGGGCAAAUGUGACUAAGGAAGAUGCAGCAAAAAAUGGGUUUAUGUAUCUCCAUGUAUCAGACCGUAUUCAGUGCGUAUUUUGUAGAGCCUGUUUGGCUAGCUUUCGUGUAGGUGAUGUCGUGGCAAAUGAACACAGGAAAUAUUGUCCCGAAUGUCCUUUCGCGUUUGGCUAUGAAUGUGGAAAUAUACCUAUACCGUCUGCAAACAAAGUUAAGCAACCAACACAAACUGUGCAGUCACAUAAUGCAAGAAACAGGGCAAUGAUAACAUUUGUGUCCUCCGUCGUUUCAAACCAAGGAGCUGAAGAAGUAAUCACAGAGCCAAAGUAUCGAGACUGGGCAGACGAACUAACGAGGCUGCGGUCUUACAGAGGAUGGCCUGAACAAGUUAGACAAACUCCGCGAGCAUUAGCGGCCGCUGGGUUGUUGUACACUGGAAAUGGUGAUCGAUGUAAAUGUUUUUGGUGCGGAGGAGAACUCUAUGGGUGGAACCCAGAUGACGACCCGUGGGUUGAGCAUGAAAAAUGGUUUCCACAUUGCGGCUUUUUGCGAAUUGAUAUGUAA